CUGAUCUGUGUGGUUUGUGCAGCUGGGCGGGAACACAUAAAACAUCGUUUCAUGCAGAUCGAUGAAGCUGUUGAAACCUACAAGGAUCAGGUUAAAUCAUCCAUACAAUCUCUGACUACAAAUAAAUCAGCCAUCCAGGAAAUGGAAGAGCAACAGAAGCAGAAGAUUUCCCAAGUCCGGGAGCAGUCACAAAGCCUCAAGUCUCACGUCACAUCUCAGUUUGCUGAACUGCACCAGAUUCUCGUGAAGAAAGAGCAGCGCAUUCUUGGAGAGAUCAAGGAGGAUGAGGAGAAGAUUCUAAGUCCAAUGGAGAAAAAUCUUCAAGACAUUCAAGAGAAUUUAAACUCUAUUGAGGAGGAACUCUCAAAUCUGCAGGGGCGAAUGGAACAAACAGACAUCGUGUUAUUUCUGAAGGAGGAAGCUGGUCGCAAGAGGAGAAUUAGUGAUGAAGUCCAGACAUUGUCACUGAGAGAUGGUGCCAUACUGGAUGAAAGAUUCGAUCACCACCUACUGGUUGAACGCAGGUGUUGA